ACAGCAACUAGUUCAUCAACGAGGAUCUCCCCCAGGAAGACGUGGCAAUGUUAUAAAUAUCCUAAACUAUAAAAGUUGCACCAUUUUUUCUUACGACCGUGUCCUAUUAUAGAUCUAGACUAGUUAGUGAAUCAGAAUCCCUACAAAAAUAAUACUGUGAGCUUAUUUAUUUGUAUUCAAUUGAAACGUUGCCGAAUAUUCAUUGUAAGCUUUAUAGUAUAAAAUAGACAAUAAUUCGAAAUAAAAAUUGUGUGUAACUUGUAACAAUAACAUUGAUUAUUUCAUUUGUAGUGUUGCUACUGACGCUGAAAUUUAGUGAGAAUUUCAAUUAAACCGAGACGUUACUGAAAAUGUGUGGUAUCUUUGCUUAUCUGAAUUACCAAGUGCCUGCCACCAGAAAGGAAAUCCUCCAGAAGCUCAUUAAUGGCUUGAAAAGACUCGAGUACAGAGGCUACGACUCUGCAGGUGUUGCAUUUGAAGGGUCCUCCUCUGACAGCGACAAGGGCUGUGAAAUUAAAAUUAUCAAACAAACUGGCAAAGUUGCCGCUCUUGAAAAACUUGUACAAGAAUCCAAAGAUGAGAUCAACUUUGAAAAAGAGUACAGCAUUCAUGUGGGUAUUGCUCACACCAGAUGGGCCACCCAUGGUGAGCCAAGCCCAACCAAUGCUCACCCUCACAGAUCUGAUCCCAACAAUGAAUUUGCCUUGAUACACAAUGGCAUCAUCACCAACUACAAGGAUAUUAAAUCUUUUUUGACACAGAAUGGUCACAUCUUUGAGACUGAAACAGACACAGAAGUCAUUGCCAAGCUGAUGAAGCAUUUGUAUGACACUCACAAAGAGCAGAAGAUCAAGUUCAGAGAACUGGUGGAGCUUACAGUGGCCCAACUGGAAGGGGCUUUUGCAUUGGCAGUAAUCAGUAAACAUUACCCAGGAGACAUUGUUACUACCAGAAGGGGCAGCCCACUCAUCAUAGGUGUGAAAAGCAAGAACAAGCUCAGCACAGAUCAUAUUCCAGUUUUAUUUAACAAAGGUUUCACAGACUUUAAAGAAGCUCUAAACUCAACUGAUACCAAUGACUAUCAUCGUGGAUUCUUAGGCAGUAGUCAAGGCCGUCGUGCUGAAGAGCAGACACAAUACCACACUACAGGGCCUCACAAAGAGAUUGAAUACUACUUCGCCUCAGAUGCCAGUGCUAUCAUAGAACAUACUGACCAAGUCAUAUUCUUGGAAGAGAAUGAUGUGGCUGAGGUACAUGAAGGAACACUCAACAUUCAUCAGGCCACUAGAUCCUUGGAUGAAAAAACUUUUAGGGAAAUUACAACUCUAAAGAUAGCCAUUGAACAAAUCAUGAAAGGAAACUUCAAAACUUUCAUGCAGAAAGAAAUCUUUGAGCAGCCUGAAUCUGUGGUGAACACAAUGAGAGGCAGAGUCAAUUUUGAGAAGGAGACUGUAGUGCUGGGAGGAAUCAAGGACUAUAUGAGUGAGAUCAGGCGCUGCAGACGUCUUUUGUUCAUAGCCUGUGGCACCAGUUAUCACAGUGCCAUCGCAACUCGUCAGCUCCUUGAAGAAUUGACAGAACUACCAGUCAUGGUAGAACUUGCAAGUGACUUCCUUGACAGAAGCACACCAAUAUUCAGAGAUGAUGUUUGUUUCUUCAUCAGUCAAUCUGGUGAAACUGCUGACACCCUGAAUGCACUUCACUACUGCAAACAGCGUGGUGCCCUUAUUGUAGGCAUUACCAAUGUAGUGGGCUCUAACAUUUCCAGAGAGUCUAACUGUGGUGUUCACCUCAAUGCUGGUCCAGAGAUUGGUGUGGCCAGUACUAAGGCUUACACAAGUCAGUUCAUUGCUCUAGUUUUGUUUGGUCUGAUGAUGAGUGAAGACAGAAUCUCUCUACAGAACAGAAGAAAAGAAAUCAUUAGAGGACUCAAAGAAAUACCUGAGCAGAUAAAGGAAGUUCUAACAAUGGAUGACAAAAUUCUGGACUUGGCCAAGGAACUUUAUGAAGAGAAGUCUCUGCUAGUCAUGGGCAGAGGAUAUAACUAUGCAACAUGUUUGGAAGGUGCUCUGAAAAUCAAGGAGUUGACCUACAUGCACUCUGAAGGCAUCAUGGCGGGGGAGUUGAAACAUGGCCCAUUAGCACUGGUUGAUGCAGCCAUGCCAGUGUUGAUGGUUUGCACCAGAGAUAAUGUUUUCUCUAAAUGUGAAAAUGCCUUACAGCAAGUUAAAGCAAGACAUGGUGUUCCAAUUAUAAUCUGUAACGCUGGGGAUGGAGAGUAUCUGACUGGUGAAUCAGAUAAAAUUGUGUGCAAUGGUGAUUCCACCCCAGCUAUCAAUGGUGUAGACAGAGAUGAGGACACACCCAAAACUACUGUUAAACCUUUAAAAAAAUCCAGAGCCCUGGAAGUGCCUAAGACAAUUGACUGCCUUCAGGGUAUUCUCACAGUCAUACCCAUGCAGCUCCUGUCCAUGCAUAUCGCAGAGUUGAGAAAGCUGGAUGUUGAUUGCCCAAGAAAUCUGGCCAAGUCAGUUACAGUUGAAUAAGUCACCUUUUGUUGUUCUUAUUUGUAAGUUAACUAUGUUGUAAGCAAGCCAAUGUGGGCCAAGUAACAAUAAGAUUUUCUUAUUAAGUACCGGUAGACCUAAUUGUUCAAAUAUUCAAGCUUGGUAAAUUUUUUUCUUGUGUAAAAAAAAAGUGGACAAAAUUGUUUUACAACUGUUUUAUAAUAGAUGGUUAUUAAUAUGUCCUGGAUUCUCAAUAAAUUGAUGGUAUAUUCUUGAUAAAUCUUUUGUAUACGGUACUGAUACCUGGGUACUAAAACACACAAAUUUUGCCCCAUAGCUGUACUUGUUAGAAUGUACACAUUCUCCCAAUACCAUGUAAAGGUAUUAUGAGGCUUUUAAAUAUGUACUGUAAACCUUUAUGAAAAAUAUUUUACAGAUACACUAAUUAGUCUGGUUACUUAAACCAUUUAUCUUACACUAGAAUAAACGGAAAAAGCUUUAGUUCCUAGCUUAUUGCCUAAGUUGAGAUGGUUUGUUGAUUUGAAGAUAAAUUGUAGCUAGGAAUGAAAUGUUCUUCCUGGUUGCUUAUAAAUAAAAAAAAAAAAAAAAACUCGUUGUACAUAAUUAUAUUUAUACAUAAAUAUAUAUAUAUUGUUACUACUGAGUUGUCAUGAUUUAUCAACAUUGUGUACAUAUUAAAUUAAAUGAUUGGUUUAUUUGUGCUUUCAUCUAAUACUGUACUUUUAUUUUAAUUAUGUGGGAAAAUAGUUUGUACUUAACAUUUUUUUUUUCAUAAUUCUUUUAAUAUUAGUAUAAAUAACUCAAAGCCUCCAUUACUCUAUUUAGAUUUUUUUUCUUUGGGAGGGGCAUGAUGCUUACAAUCAUGAAACAAUUUAAAAUAUCUCUUACAGAAUAUUUUUUAGUUGCAGAUUUGACAAUAUCACCAAAUGUGUAUUGUACACAACAUUCCUUUGUAAUCUCCAAGAUUUUGACUUUUUAAAAAAAAUGUUUUUGUCGAAACUCAUUGUACCUUGAAAUGAUCUGAGAUUUUUUUUUAAAAACUUUUUAUCUGAUUAUUAAAAAAUUAGCUUUGUCCUUUACCACAAGCCAUUAUUCAGAACUGCUGCUGACAUUGUUAAGUGAUUGUGCCAUGACAUAGACCCAGAGAUAUCUGUGAUAAUAACAAUCAUUAUUUAACAAUCUCUGAGAGACCAUUCAAAAUGCUGGUGCAAUCAUCUCAUUUUAAAUAAUGUUCACAUUAUCAAUGAAUUAGUAUUCAAUUUGUUAAUUCAAAUUAAUUGAAUGUUUAUAUUAUACUUUGUUGACAUCAUGUAUAAAUUUAUUACAAGAUAUAAAAAAUCAGUUAAUGCUUAAUUUUAAUCACUUGUAUUUCUAUUUUAAAGUGAUAUGUUGUCCUUAAAAGCUUUUGUUAAAGUUCUUUUAAUUUUUUUUUUUAAAGGUAUUAGGUUGGGAUUUUUUAAUUAUGUAACUUAGAAAACACCAUAUGCUCAACUAGUGUGUACUUUUAAAAUCUGGUGCAUGCAAGUACACUGGGGACAUCAAGCUUUAUAGGUAAACUAUUAGACAAUAAAUAUUUAUAAAAUAUUUA